AUGACAUCGCAGCAACACUCUCCCGACGACCUCACUCAUCCCCUUGAUGUAGCUCGUCGUGCCCUUUAUGUUGGUCCUUUCACGGGUGUUUUCGGCCUCACUUCUGGCGCUGUCUAUGGCACGCUUCGCACCGAAACUCCCGUACUCUUCUCUCUAAUCUCGGGCGUGCAAUGUUUCACCCUGGGCACGACAUUCUGGGGGCUGCGAACCGCUAUCUUGAAUUCGGACGGCCUACAGAAUUGGUGGUACGCAACUCGAGGUUCACCACUGAAGGUUCGCUGUGAUCUGGAGCCCACCAUGAACGAAAAGUUACAAGCCUCGACCAUGGCCGGUGCCUUGACUGGUUUCAGCCUUGGAUUUGUCUUCCGAAUCCCCGCCAAUGUGAUCCCAGGUACGAUUUUUUGGGGUCUGUUCGGAUACUUGGGUCAGCGUGGCUACAAUUACUUUGACGCCAGGAACACGGCUGCAAUCGAACGCAAGGCCAGGGGCGAGGAGGAGCCAGGGGAGUCGCUGAUGUAUCGAUUCGCAAAGAGCAAGUGGAGUCCUAUGAGUGUUCUGAAUGAUGAAGAGUACGAGAAGAUGAUGCAAGAGAAGGUCCUUCAUGUGGAGGCCGAAAUAGCUCUGAUUGACGAUAAAAUUGCCGAGUUGCGCAAAAAAGCUGCCGAGUCGAGGGAUCAGGGAACUCAGAAAGCUUCACCGGCACCAACCAAACCUGGUCAAUGA